GUUUCACAUUGUAUUCAUAUUUCACUACAAUAUACUCUUAAUUUAUCAAGAAUGAAGAACAAACUCUUUAUAUUCGUGUUCUUUCUUUAUGCACUAAUUACUAUUUCUUCUAUCGCAAUUGAGCCUUCUAAAGAUGGAAAGAAAUAUAGUGUAACCGAAGAAUUCAAAACAGAUAUUGAGGUAGAGGUAGAAGAACAAAUGAGAGGGGACUCCUCUAUCAAUUGGAGGAAAAGCAUCCCAAAACAUAAAAAGAGUACCGGAGGAGGAAAAUUAGGCGGACAUGGCUCUGGUGGAUCGAGUCCAGGAAGUAGUGGUGGUGAAGGAGGUGCACAAAAUGUAAUUGAACAAAAUGGAGAUGAAAAAGACAAAGAAAGUGAACUUGAAUGAAGAGGAAAUAAAUAUUUGAUUAUUGAGGAGGUAGCCUAGAUAACUCAAAUAGAUGAUGAUCUAAGAAGGCCAUUUUGUUUUUAUACCAGUAAAAUAUAUGUGUCUGCACGGAUAAAUAAAUUUUGUAACGUGUGUUUGUAUUGAAAUGCAAUAAAAUGAAUACAAUAAUAUACAUUUAGAAUAAUUAAUGUAAAUGUUUAUUAUAAAUUAAAAACAAUAGGGUCAAUAUUAUGAGAACUAGU